AUGCCACACACAGGCCAGGCCGGAGUGAACCAGCUUGGGGGAGUGUUCGUGAACGGACGUCCCCUGCCCGACUACGUACGCCGCAGAAUCGUGGAGAUGGCUCUGAUGGGCGUGCGUCCGUGCGACAUCUCUCGACAGCUCCUUGUCUCUCACGGCUGCGUCUCCAAAAUCCUCACCAGGUUCUACGAGACGGGUUCUAUUAAGCCCGGUUCGAUCGGAGGCAGCAAGCCCAAGCAAGUCGCCACGCCCACCGUCGUGAAGAAGAUCCUCCGCCUGAAGCAGGAGAACCCGGGGAUGUUCGCCUGGGAGAUCCGCGAGCAGCUCUCGUCGCAGCGGGUGUGCGACCCCGCCUCCUUGCCCUCCGUCUCGUCCAUCAACAGGAUCCUGAGGAAUUCGGGCCUGUGGACGCCCCACGAAGCCGCCGCCGCCGCCGCCGUGGCUGUGGGCGCCGGCCAGGGCCAUUCGGGACACGGCGCCGUUGCGGUUUCCUCGGCGGCGGCGGCGGCGGCGGCGGCGGCGGCCGUAGGAGGUGAGGAGUCGGAGCAUUUGCAGGAAUUUCAGGAUUUUGAGCAUUUCAGGCUUUUGAAGGGAUCUGAACAGUUUGGGGAAUUUAAUUUUGAGCAUUUUGAGGAAUUUGAGGAAUUUGAGGAUUUUAAGCAUUUUCAGGUAUUUGUAAAUUUUGAAGAAAUUAAGGAUUUUGAGCAUUUUGAGGAUUCUGGGGAAUUUGACGAUUUUGGGCAUUUUGAGAAAUUUGAACAUUUUGAGGAUUUUAAGGAUUUUGAAGAUUUUGGGGAUUCUGACAAUUUUGAGGGAGGAGGAUGGUGGUGA